UUCCGCGUUCCUCCCCCACGGGGCACAGAACGCGGCCGGUCACCACAGUCACCACCGCUGCGGGUUCCCGUCGUCCCGUGGCGGGUCACCGCCAGUAGCCCGAGGUCCCUGAUUUCCGUCGCCGAUGGCUUCGGUGGCCGUGGCCGUGGCGGCCGUGGCCGUGGACCCGCGCGCGGACUUCCCCGCGUGGCUGUCGGCCCAGGGCAUGAAGCUGCCCUUCGCCCAGGCCAUGGAGCGGGAGCUGGGGAUCGGCGACUACGAGGACCUGCUGGCGUGCGCCGAGGACGCGCAGGUCACCCUGGAGCUGCUGGCCACGGCGCGCCAGCGCCUGCCCUUCGCCCUCUACGCCGCCCUGCGCCGCGUCGUCAAGACGGCGGCUGGGGCCUCCUCCUCCUCCGCCGCCUCCGUGGGGCCCGCGGGGGGGUCCCCACGGGGCCCCCCCGAGUGGCCGCUGCACGAGGCCGCCCAGCCCGGCCUGGCCGCGCUGCUCGAGGCCAUCGUGGCCACGCUGCAGACACUGGGACACGAGCUGCUGCAGUCGGCGCUCAGGUUCAGCCGACUCGACCAGGCGCUGGGACCCGGGGACGGCGCUGGGAUCAGCCCUGAAGAGAGAAUGGAGCGGCACGAGGCCGACCUCAGCGAUCCCUUGGCGGAGGAGCCGAGGCCCCUGGGUGGCGACGCGCAGCUGGAGCCGGGGCCCGGCAGCCCCGCCACGUGGGGCGGCAUCGUGGUGAAGAAGGAGCGCCCAGACGAGCUAGAGGAAACGGGGUCCCUGGCGGAUGAGGCCCUGGGGGAGGCUCUGCUGGAGGAGGGAGUGGGAGGAGUGGAAGAACUCAAAGGAGAGGACCAAGGAAGCUGGAGGGAGGAGCCGCCAAGCUCUGAAUACCAGUCGCAGUACCCAGGUGCCGUGCGGAAGCAGAGGGCCAUGGAGCUGGCACCGCUGCCGUUUCAGACACAUGGCCUGCAGCAGCACAAGCGUUCUGCGCUCAGCCUCAACGGGAACAGUGUCUGCACGUGGCCGUACGCGACCGGUGGCGGCGGCGGCAGUGACGCGUCGUUGUGGAUGGCAGUACCUCCAGAUGGCACCACGCCGCCCAUUAUGCCACCCCCGCUGGGCCCCGUGCCCCCCGCGGGUCUCCAUUCGGCACCACGCGGUGCCCCAGGCGUCCCGAACCCGGAGAAGCUGGCGCGAUUGCGGUGCCGGCACUGCGGGAAGGCCUUCCGCAGCAACGCCGACCUGGUGCGGCACGUCCGUGUGCACACGGGCGAGCGGCCCUACGUGUGCGGCAUCUGCGGCAAGCGCUUCAACCAACCGGGGCCCCUCUCCACGCACCGCCGUGUGCACACCGGUGAGCAGCCCUACGGCUGCCUGGUGUGCGGCAAACGAUUCUCACAGGCGUCCGGCCUGCACCGCCACCAAAAGACGCAGCACGCCCUGGACGUUGCACGUGGCCCAACCAGCCUGCCUGUCCCGCUGACAGGCCCCAUGGGCCUGCAUGACCCUCUGAUGGACCCCACGGGUUUGCACGAUUCUUUUACAGGCCCUGCGGGGCUGCAUGACUCUCUAAUAGGCCCCAGCGGUCCACCUGACUCGAUGACGGGUCACACCGUCCCGCAAGACUCUCUCUGACGAAGCCCACACGGUCUUCACAUUGCGUGCGGCCUCGCGUGGACGGACUGGUGUCCGUGUGGGCCGUGAGUUUGGCUCGGUUCUAAGCUCCUGGAUCACGGCGGUUAAGAGUGGAGGUCAUGGAGUCAUGGAUUGUGGUUGUAGGGGUCACUGCAGGUGCUCGGUCGGAGUUUGGGAGCCUCAGUUUUACAGGAAUUGAGAAACACUUCAGCAAAACAGGGAAUACAGUAACAAUUACUGUCGCAUCGAUUGGGCACUGCUGGUGUAAUUUGAUACAUUUGACUUGUUAUGGCUAUUUUAAUUGUGCCUUGGGUGUUUUUUGCUGGGGGUUUUUGUCACUCAUUUUAUUUUCGUGGGUUUUGUGGACGAGCAGAGUGGCUCCAAGUGACGGGUUCAGGUCCCAUUCAUACGCGUUUGAAACCGUUGAAACGUUUUCAUUUACAGUUUAGAACUUGAGUCAAAAGUUAUUAAAUUAUAUUAUCGACAGAA